AUGGAAAAUAAUGAUUUGACUUAUUGGAAAAAUUAUCAAACAGCUAUGCAAUGGAUUCAAGGAAAUACAAUCAAUAAUGUACCAAUAUUGAUGAGAAAAGAAGAAGAAAAUACAAUGAUUGAUGAUGACCAAGAUAAACAACUUGAAUUUACGAUCGACGAUGAUUUACUAGAUUUUUAUCGUCUGUCACGAGAUCAUAAAGCAAAUCGAAAAAAUCAAAAAUCACAAGAAAAAAAUGAAGCUGAACAAUUUGAAUUAAUACCUGGCGAACAAAUGCGUCCUAAUGUUCAAUCGAUAAGUAAAUUACCACCUAUUAAUCGUACAAAAUUACGUCAAUUAGAACUCGAAUGGCUUUAUGGUUCAACAAAUUCAUCAAAAAUUCAUGCACGUGAAACACAUAUUCAAAUGGAAUUUGAUCAAAUAUUUGAUAAACGACAACCUUCCUAUUUUCCAAGUUUACCUAAUCGACUUCAAUUAGAUCCAGAUUCAUAUAAACAACGUUCUUGUUUUCCAACUAUUACUAUCUUAGAUUCAACUUCUUAG